AUGGAUGAACAUACUAAAUUCGUCAAAGCUCAAGAUUACAACUAUUAUGGAGGACGUCGAUAUCCUAAAUUAGUUACCGAGGCUGUAUUCGAUGCCAUGAAGACAUUUGAAAUUAUCUACGUAGCCAGGAACGCUAAAGAUGUAGCUGUGUCUAUGUACUACCACCACAAAGCAAUUCCUAUGAUACGCGAACACCAAUCCUGGCAAGAGUUUUACGAUGCGUUCAUCAACAAUGAUGUUAUUUUUGGCAGUUGGGCGGAUCAUACUCUAUACUGGUGGAAUAGGCGCUUUGAAGACAAUGUCAUGUUCGUUUCGUACGAGCAAAUGAAAAAGGAUCUCGCGGGAAUAGUGAGCCAGGUAGCGAGAUUUCUUGACAUAAGUCUGAAGGAGAACAAAAUUAAAGUGAUUGCUGACAAGUGUACAUUUCAAAGUAUGAAAAAAGAUGCACCGAGGAAGCAUCUCCUGGACGCCUUCAGGGUGGACAAAUCACAGUCGCCGUUUGUAAGAAAAGGUAAAGUCGGUUCAUGGAAGAGUCAGUUCACCGUAGGGCAGAAUAAAUUAUUUGAUGAAAAAUACAAGGAAUGGAUUGUUGACAGUGAUCUAACGUUUACAGUUAAAUCGAAGCUUAUAUACAAGGCAGAAAACCAUGUCAACAAACCAUCUUCAUUGAGAGUAGCUAAUCAGGCACAAUCCUGUCAGCACGAGACAAGUUUACUGAGUGGCCGAAUUUAUUACUCGUUGAAGUCGAGAAGAUAA